GUCAGGAGAAGAGUGGCACAGAGUAAGGAACAGAGGGGAAAGGACAAAGGAAGAGAGGCAGGGAAUAACUGAGAAGAUAUGGGACGCUCUUGUGAACAAGGGAUCCCUGCCUGGGUCUAUGUGGGCACCCUGCUCCUCUUAAUCCACUCUUUCACAGUAAGAGGAGCUGCCCUGAAGCAGGAGGCAGCAUUGGACAAUGGGGCCACGGUGCUGAAUCACUCCAUGGGUAUGGUGCAGCGUUUGGAGACCCUGCUGGCCCAGGGGAACGGCAGUGAUGUCACACUCCGGGUGCAGACCAUCAACACGGACGAGGUGAAGGUGAUCCAGGCCCACAGCCUGGUUCUCACGCUGCAGAGUGACGUGUUUGAGGAUCUGCUGCUCAGCCGCAACAACAGCGCACUGGUGUUGAGGGAGACGGUCGACUGUGCAGCUGUCUUUGACAAGUUCAUCAGGUAUCUGUACUGCGGGGACAUCUCAGUGCGGCUAGAUCAAGCCAUUUCUCUGCAUAAGCUGGCCAGCAAGUAUCAUGUGUGGAGCUUGCAACAGGGCCUGACCCAGUAUAUGACCCAGCAUCUGUCCAGUGAUUCGCCAACAGGCCAUGUGAUUGGCUGGUACAACUAUGCAUUACAAAUCGGGGACAUGGUCCUGCGGGACAGCUGCCUGCAGUACCUGUCCUGGAAUCUGACUUCUGUGCUGCAGAGCGGAGAAUGGGGCUCCAUCAGCGAAGACCUGCUCCUCUCCUUGCUCCAGCGCUCUGACCUCAUUCUGCAGAGCGAGCUGGAGCUCUACGAGGCCCUGGAGGGUUGGAUUAGUCAGAACCAGCCCAUCAGUUCGACAGUGGAAAGUGCCCUGAGGGCUGUUCGAUAUGGCAUGAUUCCCCCUCAGCACCUCUUCCGUCUCCAGAAGCAAUCCCCCCUCAUGCUGAAGCAUUAUGAGACCAUCCGUGAUCUACUCUACCUAGCUUUCCAAUUUCACUCUGCCUCACCUAUCCAACUGGCCAAAUACUUUGAUGUCAACUGCAGUAUUUUCACUCCCCGUAACUACCUGUCCACCUCCUGGGGCUCCCCUUGGGUCAUCAAUAACCCCACACGUGACGACCGCAGUUUCAGCUUCCAGACCCAGCUCGGACCCAGCGGCCACGACUCUAGCAAGAGAGUGACUUGGAACGCCCUGUUUUCCCCUCGCUGGCUGCCACUCAGCGCCCGAUCAACCUAUACUGAGCUGGGUGCCAUGCAGCCCACACGCACAGACGGAGGUCGACCUCGCAUUAUUGUAACACCAGCCACUUCUAGCCCAGACUUUGCCGGUGUAAGCUUCCAGAAGACGGUGAUCGUGAUGGCAAGGCAGCAAGGAAAAGUGGUGGUUCGCCACGUCUACAACUUCCACCAAAGCACAGAGGAGGCCGGGGAUUUCCUGGUCGAUGCUGACCUGCAGCGUCGUGCAUCAGAGUACCUGAUUGACAGCUCCCUCUAUCUGCACAUUGUAAUAAAACCGCUCUACCAUACCCUCCUUGUUGCCAGGAAGUAAAUGCAGGAAUUUAGUGUGGCCUUACCAUCAGUUAUCCACCCUCUACCAACUCAUUCACAUGCACAUAUUCCAAAGUUAACUCAUAUCACAGCAAGUGUUCAUGCACCAGGUCUUUGACAUCUCCAUUGUUGAUUAGUUUGUGCAUUUUGUUGUCUUACAACUAUUCAGCAAGGAGGUGUUUGGUACAAUAAAGGACUCACAAUUUGACAGCUAAGAAGUGAUUUUCACAAUAUUGAUGGUGGGUUUUUCAGUAUUUCAUGCAUACUAAGAAAAAAAAACUGUACUGUAUUUGUUCAACAAUUCUACAAUCCAACAUUUUGUUCCUUGAAUUUUAAAACCUAUGUGAUGGUUAAUGUUGUUUAAAUAGGUACGAUAGAGGUUUUGCUUCAAAAUGAAAUGUAAUAGCUAUUCAUUUUAUGCAUCUCAUUAUUCAGCAGUUUAAAAUAGAUUUUAGUUCAUGGCACUUAUAUCCUGUGACUUACACUUAUAGACUUGUUUGUUGUUUACAUACCAAGAUGUGUAAAUGAAAGUGCAAUCCCAUCAUUAUUAUCAUUCCUUUGUAGUUGACUUGCAAGACUGUAAGUCUUUUGGUAUUUUUUCUUUCUUAUUUAUUGUUACAUAUGCAUUUUAUUUAGCCUUUAAAUGAACUGCACCAGUGGGCAAUGUGAUUUUCAUUCUGAAACAAAAAAAAAUGAAUAAAAGGCAAUAACAUGUACAUGUGUUGGUCUGUAUUUGAUUUGCAAAUAUGAACUUUAUUAAAGCAAACUUA